GAAGUGCAUGAAAAUAGUCGCGAGCGGACAGGAGCUAACGUCAGGUUAGCAUUCUUGCUAAUGGUUUAUGCUAAAAGUGCGCUGUGCUCGGGUUUCUCAUGGUGGUAUUUGGACGCUGGAGGUCUUUGACUUCUGGUCGCACUGUCCGGGUUGUGAGAAAUGCAGGAUCCAGAGUAUAACGAAGUAGGAUUUGUGAAACAAAUACUGAGUUUAAAUUUGGUCCCGAGGAAGAAUGGUACCUGUGGGAGGAACGACACGUCUCUGUGCGACUUCUCAGAGAUGUGGUAUGGCGUGUUCCUGUGGGCCGGAGUGUCCUCGUUGGUGUUUCACCUUCCCGCAGCUUUACUGGCCCUCGCCACUCUCCGGGGACAUAAGAUAGCACGCUUCUUUCCUCUUGCCAUCAUGCUCAUGGCCAUCAUAGGUCCUCUGUUGGGAGGCGUGCUCACUAGUGCUGCCAUAGCGGGGGUCUAUAUGGCAGCAGGGAAGAGGAUGAUCUCGUUGGAGGCUUUUGUGUUUGGAGUAGGACAGUCUUUCUUCGUUCUUGUCAUCUCUUUCCUCAGAGUGCUGGCCACGCUGUAGCACUGAGCCACUGAGGACACUGAGAGCUGUGGACUUCUUUCACUUCCCCUGGAUGUUAUAUGCAAAAACACUGAGGCCUUAUUUUCCACCUGUCCAAACAACAUUUAUUUUCAUGUGCUGUUUUUUUCUCUAAAAAGGUUUCAGGAGGACAGUAUGGUUUGGAACAGCCUUUUUUUAAAUAUAUAUAUUCAGAGCUGUCCUUUAUACACUACGGAAAUGGCUUGCACCUGAGCUUGUGUAAAAAGUAGGCUGUCACACACUUAAGGAAAAAAGCUGCAAAUGGUUGCAAACGGUUCUUUAAAUAAAAUCUUACUUUCCUUGUGUUUAGGAUCUCAAAAGAUUCUGAAAUGCUUCUACUUUCUGAGGUAGUGUCGCUGGGCUUUACAGUUGUGUACAUAUAUUAAUCAUAGUUUUAAUGUAAUGUUAUUUCAGUUAGCACAGAUACGAAUCAGGUUAAACCCACUGAAGUCCAUUUUAACUGUUUCCACUGUUCCGGUGUUCAAUCUGAAGAUCCAUCAGCCAGUGACCAGAAUUGGACAGUUUUUAGUUGAUCUUUUAUAUCUGGUGACCGACCGAUCACUCUCGGACAGGACGCAUCAUAAUGCAUUUGCUCGAUACUUUGGAGAUUGACAGUGCAAAUCCUGCUACAGCUAUUUGGCCAGGACUCUAGGGAGCUGAUUGCCCGUGAUCUCAGUGGGGAGCGGUGCACUUUCACAACAGUUAUAGUGCCACUGGCCAAUCAUGGGCAUCUGCACUUUAUUCCUGCCCCCUAAUGGUACAACACUUCAAAAAGAUGCACCUGGCAGAAUUUCUUAUUGUCAGUCGGAUUUUUUUUCUGAAAAUCUCUGA